AUGAAACGGGAAGGAAGGGGAGAUGGUCAAAACAGUAAAAGCCCAGGAUCGGCUUUAUAUAAACCAGUCCACAAGAAGGUGGGAUUGCCCCGAAUCAAACUCACUUGAGCUUCCCACUUGCUUCCUUCAAUCCUCAUCUCCGCCCUUCUUCAUUCUAACGGUACGCAGAAUCAGAAGAAUCAGACGAAGAAGAAGAAGAAGAAGAAGAAGAGAACGAUGCCUUGCCUUUACAUCUCCACCAACGUUAACUUAGACGGAAUCGACAUCGAUCCCAUCUUCUCCGAAGCCACUUCCGCCGUCUCCUCCAUUAUCGGAAAGCCCCCAAAAUAUGUGAUGGUGAUAGUGAAGGGGUCGGUGGCGAUAUCAUUUGAAGGGAACAAGGAGCCGGCGGCGUACGCAGAGAUAGUGUCGAUGGGAGGCAUAGACUCACAGGUGAAGAAGAAGCUCAUUGCCUCCAUCGGCUCCAUUCUCCAAUCCAGGCUCUCCGUCCCCAGAACCAGAUUCUUCCUCAAGGUCUUUGACACCACCGCCUUCCGCCGUCUCAACCCCUCCCCCAAACUAUGAGUGAAUGUAAUAA